CAAUGGAAAUCUCCGGGUUUUAGUAUACAAAAUGUAUACGAUAUUCGCACACUUCCUGUUGAUGGCCAUACCCGCAAUGGCAGAUCGAAAUCAGUUCAUGGUGGGCAGCAUCUUUACAUCGGACAAAGAUGAGUCGGAAAUUGCAUUCCGCACUGCAGUGGAUCGAGCAAAUAUAUUGGAACGCACUAUAGAACUGGUUCCCAUUGUGAUGUAUGCCAAUACGGAUGAUAGUUUCAUCAUGGAAAAAAUGGUUUGCAAUUUAAUUUCCCAAGGAGUAAUUGCUAUUUUUGGACCCAGUACAGGCAGCAGCUCAGAUAUUAUUGCUUCGAUAUGCGAUACCUUGGACAUACCUCACAUUGUAUACGAUUGGAUACCCAAUGAAUCCAUACCAGAUCGAGAACACUCCUCCAUGACACUAAAUGUGCAUCCUGAUAAUCUCUUAUUGUCCCAAGGAUUUGCGGAGAUAGUACAGAGCUUUGGUUGGCGGAGUUUCACAGUUGUAUACGAGUCCGAUAGAGAGCUCCAACAGCUGCAGGAUAUUUUGCAAGUCGGGGAGCCUAGCAGUAAUCCCACGACAGUAAAACAACUUGGCUCGGAUGAAGAUCACAGGCCGUUCUUGAAGGAAAUUAAACUCUCCACGGAUAACUGUCUGAUCCUGCAUUGUUCUCCGGAUAACUUAUUGCCCAUAUUGCAGCAAGCUAACGAGUUAAAAAUGUUGGGCGAAUAUCAGAGCGUCUUCAUACCCCUUCUUGAUACCCAUACCAUUGAGUUUGGAGAUCUAUCCGGCGUUGAAGCCAACAUAACCACAGUUCGUUUGAUGGAUCCCACAGAUUUUCAUAUCAAGAAUGUGGUCCAUGAUUGGGAGGAGCGGGAAAAACGUGAGGGACGCUACUAUAAAGUGGAGCCAGAGAAGGUAAAAACUCAGAUGAUUCUGAUCAACGAUGCCGUUUGGCUGUUUUCUAAGGGUCUUACUGAGCUGGGAAUUUAUGAAGAACUUGCUGCACCGGAACUUGAAUGCAGGAGGAAGAAGCCUUGGCCUUUUGGGAAGCGGAUCAUUGAGUUUAUGAAGGCUCGCUCGGAGGAGACAGCCACUGGCAGAAUAGACUUCAACGAGAAUGGUCAAAGAAGCUUUUUCACCUUACGCUUCAUGGAACUAAAUGCUGGUGGCUUUCUGGACCUGGCCACUUGGGAUCCGGUAAAUGGCCUGGAUGUGCUCAAUGAUGACGAGGAGAGUGAGAAGAGGGUGGGCCAGAAGCUCUCGAAUAAAACCUUCAUUGUCUCCUCUCGACUGGGAGCCCCGUUCCUCACAUUGCGCGAACCCGAGGAGGGACAAAUCCUUUCGGGUAACUCUCGUUAUGAGGGCUACUCCAUUGACCUCAUCGAUGCCAUUGCCAAAAUGCUGAACUUUAAGUACGAAUUCAGGAUGUCGCCGGAUGGCAAGUAUGGUGCUUUGAACAAGGCUACCCAGACAUGGGAUGGCAUUGUGAGGCAACUCCUUGAUGGGAAUGCUGACCUUGGCAUCUGUGACUUGACAAUGACAUCUUCUAGACGCCAGGCAGUGGACUUUACACCCCCUUUUAUGACCUUGGGCAUUAGUAUCCUGUUCUCCAAGCCACCCACUCCACCCACGGAUUUGUUUUCCUUCCUGUCCCCCUUUUCGCUGGAUGUGUGGAUCUAUAUGGGAUCGGCUUACUUGUUCAUAUCCCUGUUGCUUUUUGCUUUGGCUCGAAUGGCCCCCGAUGAUUGGGAGAAUCCACAUCCCUGCAAGGAGCCUGAGGAAGUGGAGAAUAUAUGGUCCAUAAUGAACACCACUUGGCUAUCCAUAGGCUCACUGAUGGGACAGGGCUGCGACAUAUUGCCCAAGGCUGCUUCCACAAGAUUGGUGACUGGAAUGUGGUGGUUCUUUGCUUUAAUGAUGCUUAACUCCUACACGGCCAAUUUGGCUGCCUUUCUCACAAAUUCUCGUCAGGGAAACUCCAUCAACAGCGCCGAAGAUCUGGCGGCUCAGAGCAAGAUUAAAUAUGGAGCUAUGGCCGGUGGCUCCACCAUGGGUUUCUUCAGGGACUCCAACUUCAGCACCUAUCAAAAAAUGUGGACAGCCAUGGAGAGUGCCAGUCCCUCGGUUUUUACCAAGACCAAUGACGAAGGUGUGGAGCGAGUGCAAGGGAAGAAUCUAUAUGCCUUCCUGAUGGAAUCCACCACUCUGGAGUAUAAUGUGGAGCGGAAAUGCGAUUUGGUGCAGAUCGGUGGAUGGUUGGACUACAAGAGUUAUGGCAUUGCAAUGCCUUUUAAUUCCCCAUACCGCAAACAGAUCAGUGGAGCUGUUCUCAAACUCGGUGAACUUGGUCAGUUGGCGGCUAAGCGGAAGUGGUGGAAGGAAAUGCAUGGCGGAGGCAACUGUGAAAAGAGCGAUGAAGAAGGCGGAGACACACCCGAACUAGGACUGGAGAAUGUGGGCGGUGUCUUCCUGGUGCUGGGUCUCGGUUUGUGUGCGGCCAUGGUUCUCGGUUGCUCAGAGUUUCUGUGGAAUGUCAAGUCGGUGGCUAUUGAGGAGAAGAUUUCCCUCAAAGAAGCAUUAAAAUCGGAGGCUCUUUUUGCGGCCAGAAUUUGGAUUACCACCAAACCUGUACACACCAGCUCCGAUUCGGGAAGCUCUUCUUCAGCCGGCUCAAGCUCCUCAUCGAAAUCCAACAAGUCCAAGUCAAGUCACUCCAAGCAUUCCUCGAAAUCCCACGGUCUGUCUAUGAAAAGCCUCAAGAGUUCAGCGGAUCACGAUGUAGAGGCCUCGGUACAUAGCAAAUUAAAGAAAAUUGGAUCCAUGUUCUCAUUGAAAUCACAAAAGACCACCACUCCGCCACCGCAAGCGCCGCCAAUUGGAUGGAAAGUGGACAAUCCACACAGAUGGAUGAAGAAGAGCCUGAAGAAUCCAAGGAUCAGAGCCAGAACCCGAGCUAGAGCCAGAGCCAGAGCCGGAACCGGAGCAGCCGCACCAUCGACAUCAUCACCAUCAUCACCAUCGCCAUCAUCAUCAUCAUCGCCAUCAACCGGAAGAGGAUUCAUCGCCUAACCAAAGGAUCAGUAAAUUGAGUAAUGGAGUUUGAAGAAAAAUAAUACCCUUUACAACU